AUGGCGUUAUUGUGGUCUGUAGUGUGGUUGCUCUCGUGGCUACUGCUGCAGCUCACGAAGUUGGCGUUGCACCUCGCACCAGCAGCUGCGUCGCUCACGACGCUAUCCGCUACUGUCUUAGUGUAUAUUAUGACGACUCAAGCACUGGAACACAGCGUUCUGGCGUUGGUACAUCGCUCCAAGUGGUACCAGACUUCGAGUUACGACGACUUGCGACGGGAGUUCUAUUGCGGAUACUGGCUCGUCACUCUGCUCUACGUUCUUGCGUCGGUCUUGUGGAUCUACUUUACAGAGAGAGGAGGCAACCGUUACGUCUACGGAGCGACUUUCUGUGUCUUUUGGUGGGGCGUGCAGCUGGCGGCGGUCGUGGCGCUCACCCCCAUGAAAGUGGCGAGGGCGAGCAUGAAGAUGGCGAUGGAACAGGCGUUUGUGGGUGCAUGGAAGUGA